AUGCUCGGCGACUUUACCGGCGCUCUCCGUGCAAUGGAGGGCGCCAGCGAGAUCAGGAGCCGCACCGGCACGGCGAGCUCCAUUGAAGCCGCGGAGCUCCAGCGGGCGAUGGGCAGCGUCUACUUGGCCCAAGGUGAUGCCGAGAAAUCGCUGCAGCACUUCCACCAGUCGAUGACUUUGCGAAACAAGCUGGGCCUCAAGCGAACGGUAGGAGGCGGCGAGCUUUGUCGCAACAUCGGUUUAGCUCAGACACAUCGCGCAGAUCUCGGGGAGGCCACGAAGGCUUUUGACGAGGCCAUCGACAUCUGCUACGAGAGCCGGAGCUUAUCCAAGAGCCUUGGCGCGCUGCUUAUGACCAACAUCGGCUCACUGCAGAGGCGCAAGAAGGAGGACGAGCGCGCGAUGGAAGCACUUCAGGAGGCGAAGAAAAUUUUCGUUCAGCUUGACCUCGAGAGUUCCGUCGAAGGCAUGCUCCUGGAAGGCAGCUUGAAGCAAGUUCAGCAAGAGAAGCUGCAGAAGCAAGGCUUGAGCUUCCAGGAGAUGGAGCAAGCGGAGGAGAAAGCGCGGCAGGAGGCGAUUGACCAGGCGACCAAAGUGCAGCACGAAGAGAAGUUGAGGAAGGCCGUGGAGCUGGAAACGCGAGGCCGGCAGAACAUGGCAUCGGCGAAGUGGGGCGCGGCAAUCAAGGAUCUGAAACAGGCCUCCGAGCUGCGAGCAAAGACCAAGGGAAUACAGGCUUGGAACGACCUGGAGGGCGCACGCACGCUUGCAGCACUGGCAGCGGCAUUGCGUGGCGACCGGCGCGACGAGGAAGCUCUCGAGGUCUCCGAUCGUGCCAAAGAUGCUUUUCAGAAAGUCGGGUGCUUGGAGAGUCUGGAGGGCGCUUCGCUGCUUAAAGACCUCGCCGCACUUCGAAGCGAAUGCGGCGACAUUGCCGGUGAGCUGCGAGAUUUGCGGCAGGCCAUUGCGAUUGAAGCGAAGCUUGGCGCUUCCCAAAGCCUCGAGGGCCUUCGCACACGCAGGAGCCUCGCGGCCGCCCACGAGCGCGCCGGGGAGCCGGAGGGAGCCCUGGAGGUGCUUCAAGAUCUUCAGCAGUUCUACGAGGGAGACGGAACGCAUGCUGCACGAGCACAGGAGGUAGAUGAAGCCAUCUUCAAGUUGCAGGCCUCCCUGGCCAAUGCGACCCCUUCCACAAACAACGCUUCGCCGAGUGGGCACCGCAACGCGGAUCCUGCGACAGCAAAAGCAUUGGCCGAGUUGGAAGCCCAGCGACGUGAGCACGAGGAGAACGGAACGCUGCUGACCGCCCAAGGCGCGCAUGUCCUGAUGAGUCUCGGGGCCACUUAUGGUCGCAUGGGCGACUUCGAUGCCGCGAUGCAAGCUUUUGGCGAUGCCCGCGAAGCCUACAAGAGGCAGGGCUUGAUGGACACAGAGGAGGGAGCGGCCCUGCUUUGCAACAUGGGCUACGCUGUGCUGCAAGCGGGUCGAGCAGGCAACGCCGUGUCACUGUACGAAGAAGCUAA